GUUCCUCGGGGGCCCGGCCCGCGGGCGGGCGGACAGACGGACGGACGCGGGGACGCGCGCGCGGGGGGACGCGGGAGGCCCGGCGCUGGAAUGCAGUUUUCCCCGGCGAGAGAGACUUUGUACCGGAGUGGAGAGUAGUUUGGGGUGGGGUUUCGCACCGUUCCCUCCUCCCCACCCCCGGGCCCCCUUCCAGGCGCUUUCUGGGAGCUUUUUCAGAACUGCGCUCUGAAGUUUAAAGACCAGCGAAGGGCCUGGGCCGUAGGAAGGGACAAUGGAAGAAAAUGAAAGCCAGAAAUGUGAGCCGUGCCUUCCUUACUCAGCAGACAGCAGACAGAUGCAGGAGCAAGGAAAGAGCAAUUUGCAGGUAGCAUCCUUAGAAGAUGCAGAAUGUCGCAGAACCAAGGAACGCCUUUCUAAUGGAAACAGUCGCGUUUCAGCUUCCAAAUCUUCCCGAAACAUCCCAAGGAGACACACUCUAGGUGGACCUCGAAGUUCCAAAGAAAUACUGGGAAUGCAAACAUCAGAGAUGGAUCGUAAGAGAGAAGCUUUCCUAGAACAUCUGAAGCAGAAAUACCCCCAUCAUGCCACAGCCAUCAUGGGCCACCAAGAGAGGCUGAGAGACCAGACAAGAAGCCCCAAACUGUCUCACAGUCCUCAGCCUCCCAACGUGGGUGACCCGGCAGAGCAUUUAUCAGAGGCGUCUGGAGAGUCUUUGGAAGCCAUGUCUGAGGGAGAAGCUCCAAGUCCUUUCUCCAGAGGCAGCCGGACUCGAGCGAGCCUUCCAGUGGUGAGGUCGGCCAACCAGACGAAGGAAAGAUCUCUGGGGGUUCUUUAUCUCCAGUAUGGAGAUGAAACCAAGCAGCUCAGGAUGCCGAAUGAAAUUACAAGUGCAGACACAAUCCGUGCUCUCUUCGUAAGUGCCUUUCCACAGCAGCUCACCAUGAAAAUGCUGGAGUCGCCCAGUGUCGCCAUUUACAUCAAAGAUGAAAGCAGAAAUGUCUAUUAUGAGUUAAAUGAUGUCAGGAACAUUCAGGACAGAUCCCUUCUCAAAGUGUACAACAAGGAUCCUGCCCACGCAUUCAACCACACGCCGAAAACUGUGAACGGAGACGUGAGGAUGCAGAGAGAAAUCGUUUAUGCAAGAGGAGAUGGCCCUGGUGCCUCUCGACCUGGACCCACAGCUCUUCUACCCCACGCCAUUCCAAAUUCUCCACCGUCCACUCCUGUGCCACAUUCCAUGCCUCCCUCUCCAUCCAGAAUCCCUUACGGAGGCACCCGGCCGAUGGUCGUUCCUGGUAACGCCACCAUCCCCAGGGACAGACUCUCCAGCCUGCCGGUCUCCAGAUCCAUCUCUCCCAGCCCCAGCGCCAUCUUGGAAAGAAGAGACGUGAAGCCAGAUGAAGACAUGAGCUCCAAGAGCCUCGCGAUGUACCGCAACGAGGGUUUCUACGCCGAUCCUUACCUUUAUCACGAGGGGAGGAUGAGCAUAGCCUCCUCGCACGGCGGGCACCCCCUGGAUCUCCCCGAUCACAUCAUCGGGUAUCACCGCGCCGCAGUUCGUUCAGCCAGUGCUUACUGCAACCCUUCUUUGCAAGCGGAAAUGCACAUGGAGCAGUCACUGUACAGACAGAAGUCAAGGAAGUAUCCAGAGAGCCUCUUGCCUACUCUGGGCUCCAAAACGCCCCCGGCCUCUCCUCACCGAGUCAGUGACCUGAGGAUGGUGGAGAUGCACGGUCUCCAUAACGCCCACGGGCCCUCCCACACCAUGCAGUCAGACCGGGUCUCACCCAGCCGCCAGGCCUUCAAAAAGGAGCCCGGCACCUUGGUGUACAUUGAGAAGCCACGGACGACUCCAGGAUUAGCCGGAAUUGUGGACCUCGGCCCUCCUCUAGUUGAGAAGCAAGUGUUUGCUUAUAGCACGGCUACGAUACCCAAAGACAGAGAGACCAGAGAGAGGAUGCAAGCCAUGGAGAAACAGAUUGCCAGUUUAACUGGCCUUGUUCAGUCUGCGCUUUUUAAAGGGCCCCUUACAAGUAAUAGCAAAGAUGCAUCUAGCGAGAAAGUGAUGAAAACCACAGCCAAUAAGAACCACACAGAUGGUGCAGGAACUCCCCAGGUUUCCGGCGGGAAGCCUCUUGGCACCCUGGAGUCCUCGGGGCCACCCAGCCAGCUCCCGCCUGCUGCCACCUCCGCCGCCCACAUGAGCCUGCUCGACAUGAAGAGGAGUGUGGCCGAACUCAGGCUCCAGCUGCAGCAGAUGCGACAGCUCCAGCUGCAGAACCAGGAGCUGCUGAGGGCGAUGAUGAGGAAGGCUGAGCAGGAAAUCAACAGCAAAGUGAUUGAAACGUUGAAGAGACUGGAGGACCCUGUGCAGCGACAGCGGGUCCUGGUGGAACAGGAGAGGCAGAAGUACCUGCACGAGGAGGAAAAGGUUGUCCGGAAGUUGUGUGACCUGGAAGACUUCGUUGAAGAUUUAAAGAAGGACUCUGCCUUGGCCAGCCGCGUGGUCACUCUAAAAGACGUGGAAGACGGGGCUUUCCUCCUGCACCAGGUGGGAGAGGCAGUAGCUUCCCUGAAAGGAGAAUUUCCAACCUUACAAAACAAGAUGCGAGCCAUCCUGCGCAUAGAAGUGGAGGCCGUGCGGUUUCUGAAGGAGGAGCCGCACAGGCUGGACAGUCUCCUGCAGAGAGUGCGAGGCAUGACCGACGCCCUGACCAUGCUGCGCAGGCAUGUCACUGAUGGGCUCUUGAAAGGCACAGAUGCAGCCCAGGCCGCACAGUAUGUCGUGAUGGAAAAGGCCACGGCCGCAGAAGUCCUGAAGGCCCAGGAGGAGGCUCCCCGCGCCUCGGGCCAGCCCCUCCCCGGUGCGGGCGUCCCCGGCGACGUGAAGUCGGAAGUGGUGCCCUUGACGGUUCACCACGCUCAGAGCUCUCCUGUGGUCAUCCAGCCGUCCCAGCUCUCCUCCGCGCUGCUGAACCCUGCCCAGCACUUGCCAGGGGGGCCCGGGCCUCACCCGGCCAGCCCUCCUGCUGUCACACAGGAGGUGACCUCAGCUCUGCAGUCCCCGCAGAUGCCCGGGAAUGGUUCCUCCGUGCAGAGCCUGUUCAUGGACGAAAUCCACAGUGUGAGUGCCAAGAACAGGGCAGUGUCUAUCGAGAAAGCAGAAAGGAAAUGGGAAGAGAAAAGGCAAAAUCUGGACCACUAUAACGGAAAAGAGUUUGAGAAGCUCCUAGAAGAAGCCCAGGCCAAUAUUAUGAAGUCAAUUCCAAACCUGGAGAUGCCGCCAGCCUCGGGCCCACAGCCAAAGGGCGAUGCUCCAGUGGACAAGCUAGAACCUUCAGAAGACUCUCCAAAUUCAGAACAGGACUUGGACAAGCUGGGGGCUAAGUCCCCGCCUCGUCCUCCCCCACCUCCACGGAGGAGCUACCUGCCAGGAUCGGGGCUCACCACCACGAGGUCCGGCGAUGUGGUCUACACCAGCAGGAAGGAGAGUGCCACCACAAAGGCAAGCAGUGAAGAUGCUGGACCAAGCCUGCAGGCUAGAGCCACAAAGUGUCCAGCAGAGGAGCCUGCUUCAGCCUGGGCCCCGUCACCACCACCUGUCACUACUUCCUCCUUAAAGGAUGAGGAGGAAGAAGAAGGAGACAAAAUCAUGGCAGAACUCCAGGCAUUCCAGAAGUGUUCCUUUAUGGAUGUAAAUUCAAACAGUCACGCUGAGCAGUCCCGGGCUGACAGUCACGUUAAAGACACUAGGCCGGGGGCCACAGCCCUACCCAAGGAGAAGAAGGGCAUUUUUGGAAGUUGGAGAACCAAGCCACCCAAGAAUUUGGAAUUUUUCCACGAAGACGUACGGAAAUGUGAUGUUGAAUAUGAAAAUGGCCCCCAAAUGGAAUCCUGGAAGGUUACCGCAGGGGCUUCCGUACCUAGUGACCAUCCUAAGUGGGAAAGAGGAAUGGAGAAUAGUAUUUCUGAUGCAGCAAGAACAUCAGAAUACAAAACUGACAUCUUAAUGAAGGAAAGUUCCAUAUCCACUAAGAGUUUACUUAGAGACGGUAGAAACUAUUCCCAGAAAAAUGUGUCCAGGGUCAAUUCUAGUUUCUCUGGCGUCAGUUCCUUAGAAGAUGAAAUCAACAAAGGACCUAAAAUCUCAGGGCUGCCGUACCCUGUGUGUGACACUGAGAAUCAGAAGAUGAAUUAUGGGAAGACAAAGGGGGUGACCCAGCAAGGACAAGAAAAUACAGAUAAGUGUCACCUUCCCUCUCCCACUAGAUCAACCGAAUCGACUAUUCGUGAUGUCAAAACUCAAGACCAAGAGGUUCCCUUGACAGAGUUUGGCCAAGUUGUCCUAAGACCGAAGGGAGCCAGGCCUGCUAACCUGACGCCUGAUGAGGAUGGAGAGUCCACAGCAGGCUCUCCCACCGAGGAGAGUGCAACCACCGACAGCAUUGCCUUCAUGAUCACCAAAACUGCAGUCCAAGUUCUCUCCAGCGGGGAGGUCCGCGACAUAGUGAGCAAACAGGGGCAAGAUGUACAGACGGUCAACAUUGACGCCAAAAAAGAGACAACUUCCCAGCAAGAAGGCACUGACAGUGAAGAGCCGGUCGUAUGCCUGGACAAGAAACCCGUGAUCAUCAUUUUUGAUGAACCCAUGGACAUCCGGUCCGCAUACAAGAGACUUUCAACCAUAUUUGAGGAAUGCGACGAGGAAUUGGAGAGAAUGAUGACAGAGGAGAAGAUAGAGGAAGAGGAGGAGAAUGGAGAUACUGUGGUCCAGAGUAACACCUCCCAAAAGCUUCCUAAGGAGGGGGCCUCGGGCAACCUCGGAGCAGGGCAGGAGGCUGAGAGUAAAUUCCAGCCGCACUUCCUUUCAGCGGAGACCGGAAUGUCAGGAGGACAGGAAGUGACUAAAACCGAGCAGAGCAAGUUCAACCCAGCCGAUUCUCCAAGUUCAGAAAGCCAGGGCGACACGACCGAUGACCAGUUUGAAAGCCCCAAGAAAAAGUUCAAAUUCAAAUUCCCGAAAAAGCAGCUCGCCGCUCUCACGCAAGCCAUUCGCACGGGAACCAAGACGGGGAAUAAGACGUUGCAGGUGGUGGUCUAUGAAGAGGAGGAAGAGGACGGCACUUUGAAGCAGCACAGAGAAGCCAAGCGCUUCGAGAUCAGCGGGUCUCGAUCCGAAGACACCCCGAAAAGUAUGCUCAGGAGACUAGAGCAGCCCGGUCUGGAGAGCACAGCUCCGAUCUCGAGAACUGAUGAAAUCAGAAAAAAUACCUACAGAACGUUGGACAGCCUGGAGCAGACCAUCAAACAGCUGGAAAAUACCAUCAGUGAGAUGAGUCCCAAAGCCCUAGUUGAGACCUCGUGUUCCUCCAACAGAGAGUCUGUUGCAAGCUCAUCCCACGUGGCCCAGGAGGCCUGUCCCCAGUCCUUGCUAGUCCUGGAUGAAGCUCCCACUGCCCCAGAGCCCCCCUCGUCUGUACCUUCGGCUUCACGUAAGGGCUCCACGGGAACCCCUCAGACGAGCAGGAUGCCGAUCCCCAUGAGUUCCAAGAACAGACCCGGAAGCCUGGACAAACCUGGCAAGCAGUCCAAACUGCAGGAUCCCCGCCAAUAUCGUCAGGCUAAUGGAAGUGCUAAGAAAGCUGGUGGGGACUGUAAGCCUACUUUCCCCUCCUUACCUGCUUCUAAGAUUCCAGCCCUUUCUCCCAGCUCUGGGAAAAGCAGUUCUCUGCCUUCUUCUAGUGGUGACAGCUCUAACUUCCCUAAUCCACCUGCUACUAAACCAUCGGUUCCUUCUAACCCUCUCAGCCCCCAAACAGGACGAUCUGCUCCCUCUGCCUCCCUCAUCCCCUCUGUCUCUAAUGGCUCCUUGAAGUUUCAGAGCCCCGCUCACACAGGUAAAGGUCACCAUCUCUCAUUCUCACUGCAGACUCAGAAUGGCCGAGCAGCCCCUCCUUCCUUCUCCUCCUCCCUGCCCCCCCCUGCCUCCCCAGCUUCACUGAAUCAAGGUGCCAAGAGCAUCAGGACCAUCCAUACUCCUAGCCUCACCAGCUACAAGGCACAGAGCGGAAGUUCAAGCAAAGCCACCCAGUCCACAGCAAAGGAAACCUCUUAAAAGGCCAAAUCCUAUUAGGCACGAGUCGGAGUUGCAUUUAAGAAAAAAAAAAUUUUUAACAGUCUUCGACAAGUGUUUUCACAAGAGAAUGUAACAUAUCGCUGUACUGUUUGAGGUUUACUGCUAAGUAUGUGCUAAAUACUGGAUUAAUAGAUUUCAGUAAAGCUUGUUUGUUUUUUUACUUUGUCGCUGUUCUAAUUACAUAGUGUUUACUGUCUCUAUUCAAUACCUGUUAAAUGAAGUAAGCAUGUGUUACCAAAAGAGAGUAUGGCAGGAGAGAAGGGUGUGGUGAGACAAGAAAAAAAUGUAUGAAGCAUGUAAAACAUGUAUGAUUCCAGAAUUUUAGUAUGUUUUGUAUAAAAAUAUUUUUCAUUACGGAGACUAGACGUGAACAGAGAAAUACACAAGUGUGACUAUACAAAUUGUAAAACAGAUACUAUAAUAUUUCCUUUUAUUUUAGUGUUAUUUAGCUUUAUUACAGAUUUCUAUUUUUGUCAAAACUUCAUGGUUCCUUUCGAGAUCUUUUUUGCCAAAACAUUUUGAUACUGUAGCCUUGUACAUUUGAAAGUAGCAUGCUAGACAAUAAGCCAGUGAACUUCUGCACAAGCCAACACAGAGGCACACGUGGAAGGCAAUGCUCAACCCUACUGCACUGCCAUGAAAAUUAUGUAUAAUAAUUUGCCGGCCCAAGCAAGCUAGUUUUGUUCUGUUUCUUUCUUUUUUCUCUUUUCUAACAUACUGGGAUUCGCUAGUUGUUUUCUUUGCAGUAUCUAAAUCCUUCCUUUGUUCUCUGAGACCUGGUAACCCACACUAUUGCAUUGUGGAUUUUAGAAUGUACACUUCUGUACGGUUCUGUAAACUGAUCAAUUUUUGUAAAUAUAUAAAUAGACACCAAAAAUACUGUAUGUGACCGCACAUAGAGUAGUUUUCCCACACCAAAGUUAAUUUUUAUGCAUGCUUUAAAAAUAUAUCUUGGGAUGGGCAGAAAUGGAACUUCCUGGACAUUUUUAAAAAGCAACAAGUUUGCACAGCUAGAGUGUUUUUGUAAAUAAAUGUAUUUGUAUAACACAGUUAUGUAAUAUACAGAACUAUAAGCAGAGACUUUGCAAAACUAAAUAAAGGGCUGCAUGCUUAUUAUUUUUUGUA